CGAGAAGAGCCCCGCUGCCGAACUGCGCGCUUCUGCUGCCGACGUUGCGCCGCUGGGGCUGCGGAACCCGCGCAACUUAGGCUCGUGUUCGAGAUCCACCGGCGGUGUGCUGCUGAUCAAGGUGUGCUCUGCUGCUGGUGGUGCUACUGCUGCUGCCCUACUUGGCGAUUUACCCCAGAUAGUUUCACACACACACACACACCUGACAGAGGAUCACCAGGAUGGAGCUACAGAAUAUGGGAGAGGAUGCAAGCACCGAAAAGCUCAAUGGGACCUUGCCUGAUAGUGACAAGGCUGCUGUCCUGGAAGAUGGCUAUGAGGAAGAAGAGCGUGCUUUGACUGAGGAAGAGGAGUUCCUGCCCCAUAUUGCCAGCAAGAAACUGAACCAAUUCACUGACUUUGAGGGAAAGACGUCCUUUGGGAUGUCGGUCUUCAACCUGAGCAACGCCAUCAUGGGCAGCGGCAUCCUGGGCCUGGCCUACGCCAUGAGGAACACAGGGAUUGUCCUUUUUGUGGUGCUUCUGAUCUGCAUUGCUUUGCUGUCCUCCUACUCCAUCCACCUGCUGCUGAAAUGCGCUGGCGUUGUGGGAAUUAGAGCCUACGAACAGCUGGGACUCCGGGCUUUUGGCCACGGGGGCAAAGUGGUUGCAGCUGUGAUAAUCUCAAUACACAACAUAGGAGCAAUGUCGAGCUACCUGUUUAUCGUUAAAUCUGAGCUGCCACUCGUGAUCCAAACUUUCUUAGGGCUGUCAGGGGACAACGGCGAGUGGUACAUGAACGGGAAUGUCUUGAUCAUCGUUGUCAGCGUUGGUGUCAUCCUGCCCCUGGCUAUGAUGAAACAUUUGGGUUAUCUUGGUUACACCAGUGGGCUCUCCCUCACCUGUAUGUGUUUCUUCCUCAUCUCGGUGAUCUACAAGAAAUUUGAGAUUCCCUGCCCCCUCAAUGGGACGCACUCUGAAAAGCCCCCCGUCUACUAUAAUGGGAACAAUGGCACUUUGGGGUCUGAUGAUGAUGUCUGUGCUCCUGAAGUCUUCACUGUCAACUCCCAGACGGCCUACGCCAUCCCCAUCCUGGCAUUUGCCUUUGUCUGCCAUCCAGAGGUUUUGCCCAUUUACACUGAGCUGCGCAGGGCCUCCAAACGUCGGAUGCAGAAUGUAGCAAAUGUCUCCAUCCUCGCCAUGUUUGUCAUGUACCUGCUGACCGCCAUUUUUGGCUACCUCACUUUCUACGAGAGUGUUGAAGCAGAGAUGCUGCACACUUAUAUCAAAGUUGACGCCAUGGACAAGCUCAUUCUCUCUGUGCGGUUGGCUGUGCUGAUGGCUGUGACACUCACGGUGCCUGUGGUUCUGUUCCCGAUCCGCAGGGCCAUCCAGCAGUUGCUGUUUCACAAAAAGGAUUUCAGUUGGGUCCGCCAUGUCAUCAUUGCCUGCUGCCUCCUCGUUAUUGUCAACCUUCUUGUCAUCUUUGUGCCAAACAUCAAGGACAUUUUUGGAGUCAUUGGAGCCACGUCGGCCCCCAGCCUCAUCUUCAUCCUCCCAAGCAUCUUCUACAUCCGCAUUAUCCCCAACGAGAAAGAGCCCCUGAGAUCCAGAUCCAAAAUACAGGCUGCCUGCUUUGCUGCCCUUGGCUUCGUUUUCAUGGUGAUGAGCCUGAGUUUCAUCAUUGUCGACUGGGUAACGACAGGGAAGAGCAGCGGAGUGGGGCACUAACCCCCUCCGUCCCCCCAAAGACACAGUGGUUCUUACCAGGGAGGACCAUUUACUGACAGAGACGUGCCAUCGCCCCCUCCUGUUCACCCUCGCUCAUCCUGGAACGACACCACCUGUCCAUCGCUGUGGGGAAGUGACAGAAAGAACCCUUCGUGGUCAUGACAAAGUAACCUGGAACGGCAUGGGCGGGGAGCUUCUCUUUGGCCCUUCUGGGCUCUGGGGCCACGAAACAGGUGAUCAGAAAGAGGCUGCCCGUUGCCACGGAGCUAGCAUAAGCUCUCCUCGUUGGUUGGUUUUGGUGCUAUGACAACACAAGUGACCGUUACAAGCUUUCAGCUCCUAUGGUAGGAGCACAGAGCUCCUGGCCUUCUUUUCCUCUUUGGCAGUCAGGCCGUGGCCAGCCAUUGCUUGACACAACAAAACUGCGUGGAGUUUUGGGUUUACACUUUUUUGUGGGGGACGGGGGUGGGUCCAGGAUAAUAGCGCUGUCUCGCACGCUCUCUGUCUGUCUCAGCAUUUCGUCAUCGUUGCCAUUACGGGAGGAUACUCUGGGCGUCCCUCUUUUGUCGUUGCAGCAGUGGUGCCCGGCUGUCUCCUCUGUUUUGUUGCCAAGCAUGCAAACGGGCUCCUGCUCUUUUUGCUGCCAUGGGGGCAGAGCCUCCACCUCACUUCUCUGUUCCUCUGCCUGGUACCAACUAUGCCCGCUGUGCCUGGGGGUUGUGGCCCCACGUUGGAGUGCCAAAAGCCAACGGUGCCCCUAGUGGACAAUCUAAUUUAUUUGCUCAUAUUUAAUUUGGACCUAGGGAUGCGGGUGGCGCUGUGGGUUAAACCACAGAGCCUAGGACUUGCCGAUCAGAAGGUUGGCGGUUCGAAUCCCCGCGACGGGGUGAGCUCCCGUUGUUCGGUCCCUGCUCCUGCCAUCCUAGCAGUUCGAAAGCACGUCAAGUGCAAGUAGAUAAAUAGGUACCGCUCCGGCGGGAAGGUAAACGGCGUUUCCGUGCGCUGCUCUGGUUCGCCAGAAGCGGCUUAGUCAUGCUGGCCACAUGACCCGGAAGCUGUACGCUGGCUCCCUCGGCCAAUAAAGCGAGAUGAGCGCCGCAAUCCCAGAGUCGGCCACGACUGGACCUAAUGGUCAGGGGUCCCUGGACCUAACUUGGACCUAAUUUGGACCUAAUUUGGACCUGGCUACCAGACCAAAGAUUACAAAGAUAACCACCCUGGUGUCGUCAUACUUUGUGUCAGGGUUUCUGUUUUUUUCCUGAUAGGGCCGAGGUCUGGGGUGUUGAAACGAGGGAGGGUGGGCAGACUGGACUCCUGGGCACCCUCUUCCCAGCUCUUAGGUGGAUGUGGUGUUACAGCAGGAGGUUUGGAAACAAGGUGUUGAAGGUCGCAGGAAGGAAUUGGCUUGGUGGAGUCCCCUCAUCUCGUUGCUUAGGAGAAGGUCCUUGUGCUGUCCUGUUGCAGAGCAAUGUUGGAUUUCUCCUAAGGCCACCCAGUAUUAAUUCUUCUUAAUACUGAAAUGCUGCCAGGUUGAUUCCCUUUGGAAAACUCCCUGGGCUACACUAUUGACUAUCCUUACAUUAGGUUGGGGCUUCUCUCGUUUGCCCUUUUCAGAGCUCCUGAGAUAGGCUGAGGCAGCUUUUCCGCAGCACAAUGCAUUGUAAUUGACACUAAUGUACAGCGAGCAUGAAAAGGUCAAGCUGAUGGACAAUUCAAGCAAACCAAGGAUAAAUGUUUACGCUACGGGUACUUCCGUAUUAGGACCUUAGUAUGGACCUUUGUUUACGAGCUUUUCAUGGCAAAUCUACAUGAUGGCAUCAUCAAAUUGUCUUCCUUCUGCAAUUUUUACCUAUGCAACUUCCUUCUGUCUUCUUUCAGACUACAGUUUUUUUAAAAAAAUUUAAAACAGGAUUGUAGGGCAGUCUUUACACUUGCGGAUCACCUUAAGCAAUAUUUUUCCACCUGCUAUAAAGAUGCCAUUGUGGCCUUUCUGGUCUGUGACAUUUUAGCCAGCUGUCAAUCUUCUAAUUUGCUCCUUCUGCCUAUGCUCUUUUUAAAAAAUUAAAAUAGUUACGCAAAAGCACUUAAAUGAAAAAGGUACUUUAGUGUUGUUGGUUUUUUAAAAACAAAAACAAAACCAGAUGCCACACACUGCCAUUCUCCUUUUCGUAUUCAGUGCCGUUUGAUUUCUUUGGUGUUGUUUUUAAUUUAGUUUUUUUCUUACUUUAUAACACUGAAGUGAUCGUGCAACGAUGCUGAAUUUUUACAAAGCACUUUAGCCCGUACCUUUUACAAAAAUGAUUCAAGAAUCAAUUGGAGGCAAUUGCUGUAAGAUGCUAUUCUCGGGUGAAUUGUUGCUCCCUUUUUUGUAUGGUUGUGUUAGGUGUAAACAGAACAUGCGCAGAAAUUGCAAUUUCCUCCCCCUCCAAAGCACGGGAAGCCCAUGGCAGUUCUGCAUGCAGCUUAAAGCAGAAGUGCUUGGUCAGUGUUGAGAGCCACCAGCCUGUAAGUACCGUAUUUUUCGCCCUAUAGGACACACUUUUCCCCCUCCAAAAAUGAAGGGGAAAUGUUUGUGCGUCCUAUGGGGCGAAUGCAGGCUUUCGCUGAAGCCUGGAGAGCGAGAGGCGUCGGUGCGCACGGACCCCUCUCGCUCUCCAGGCUUCAGGAAGCUAUCCGCAAGCCUUGCGAGAGUUCCCGCGGGCUCGCAAGGCUUGCGGGCAGCAGCCUGCAACCCGAAGCACGGGGCGCGCUCCAGAGGGCACCCCGUGCUUCGCGCAGAUGUCCGCAAGCCUUGCGAGUCCAGCGGGAGUUGCCGCCAGGCUCGCAAGGCUUGCAGAUAGCAGCCUGUUCUGGGGGCUGGGGUCGGAAAUAAAUUUUUAUUUAUUUAUUCCCCCCCAAAAAAACAACAACAACGAGGUGCGCCCUAUGGGCCAGUGCGCCCUAUAGGGCGAAAAAUACAGUACCUUAUG